GUUUAUUUGGUAAAACAAUAAUUUUCUAAUAGAUUUUUUGCAGUUAAAAUCUUCAUAAAAUAAAAGAUAUAAGAGGAGGAUUAAGGUUAUGAAGCAUUUUAUAACGAAAUUCUUUUAAUGAAAACAUGUAAAUAAAAAAAUAUUAUUUAACUUCUAGAAGUUUGGGAAUCAAAUAGUAGUUAUUAUUUUGUACUUCCUUAAUGUUAAGGUGGUUCUUUAUUGGACUGUAUAUAAUAUACGAAAAAAAUAGAGAAAAAUUUUUCAUAUAAAAACGAAAAAACGCAUCAAAAUUAAAUUAUAACAUAAAAAUUUAUAAAAUAAUCCAUGAAAUAAAUGCUAGAAGCGCUUUGUCAUCUUAAAAAAUAAGGAAUUAUGCAUAGAGAUAUAAAACCUGAUAAUAUUCUUUUACAAAACCAAAAUGAUAUAAAUAUUUGCAUUAUCGAUUUUGGAUUAAGUACUUUUCAAAACAUAGACAAAUUUCUAUAUCAGAAGUGUGGUACUCCUGGUUAUGUAGCCCCUGAAAUUAUUAAUAUGAAAGAAAAAGAUGGAAAAUACACAACUUAAUGCGAUUUGUUUAGCCUUGGAUGUUUAUUAUAUUUUUUAUUAACUAAAAAACCUUUAUUUUAAGGAAAAAAUACUAAAGAAACUGUUGAUCUAAAUAAGAAGUGCGAUGUAAAUUUUUUCUAACCUGAAAUAAGAAAUCAAGAUCCUUUAGGUAUUAUUGAUCCAAAUAAAAGAAUAACUCCUGAAGAAGCCUUAAAUCAUGAGUAUAUUUAAGGCUUUUAAGAUGACGAUUUCUAAGUUCCGGAUGAUCCAUUAACAAAAAUAAAUUUAACAUGUAGAGAUUAAAUACUCUGA